GCAGUCACACGUUGCUCUCCUUCGCACAACCGCGGCUGUACGCCUAAUGUUCGGACACACGUGACAAUAUUACAAAGAAAAAAAAUAACAGCGGGAAAUCGAAUCGUUCGAAUUUUCCAAUCCCGAAAAAAAAAUGUUGCUAUGAAAUAGUGUGUGAUACUAAAUUUAAAUUAUUUAUCCCGCGUAAUGACACGUUUUAUGAGUAUCGGUUGUGUAUUUUUAAAGCAGCGUUUCUUUUUGAUAUCAUGGAUCUCACUAGUCAUAUAUCUUUUUUAUACAAGCUUUAUUUAUUAUUCGAACGGACGACAAUUUUAUUAUUUAAGGCGAAUGCUAGGGUCAGGACUCUGCGUAUCUCGUGGAACAGCUACAGUACUUAAUGUAUGUUGUGCACUUGUACUGUUGCCUCUAUGCAAAAAAUUGAAUCAAAUCCUGUAUCGUAUUAUGUCAAAAUUAUGUCCAGGACUCUUUUUCUUCUGGUUGGAGAGAGCGAAAAGUUUUCAUAUGACUGUAGCGUGUACGCUUCUCAUAUUUGGUGUCAUACAUUCCAUAUCCCAUUUUGUAAACCUAUGGAAUUUUUCGCGAAGCUACGAUGAAGAAAUGAUUGAAAUAAACUUAGCUAGAUAUAAAAAUGAGAGUCCCUUAAAUUUAUUGAUGAGUGUAGCAGGCGUGUCUGGGGUUUCAAUGCUGUUGAUAAUCUUAUGUAUGGGCAUAACGUCCAUGAGAGUGGUCAGGCGUAGAGUAUACAAUGCGUUCUGGUAUACGCAUCAUUUGUACCUGCCUUUUAUGGUGUUGCUGAUGAUUCAUCCGAUGAGUGGAGUCCUGAAAGAGGAGAUUUUAGAUGACGACAUGAACAGUAUUAAUACUAGUCAAUUAAUUUAUUAUGCCGAAGAAGCAGCUGUGCCGAAGUUUUCUGCUAUUAAAUCAAAGACUUGGCUGUGGAUGGCACUACCGCUUAGUUGUUAUUUUGUUGAUUUGUUGUGGAGGAUUUUUGUUAGAAACCUGUCAAAAGUGACGAUAGUUAGGGUAUCCCACAUGGCAGGUAGGACUCUGAGUAUAGUGCUAACUUCUCCGGAGAAAUUCUCGUGCCGAAUGGGCCAGUACGUGCUGGUGCAGUGCUUGGAUGUAUCCAUGAUAGAAUGGCAUCCAUUUACUGUUGUUAAGAUUCCAACCAGUGACCAACAGGAAUUCGAACUGUGGGUCAAAGUCAAAGGAGAUUGGACUGAAGCGUUGGAAAAGAUUCUUUCGGAGCGAGAACACGAUCAAAUAAGUGUUUUGAUAGAUGGGCCAUUUUCGAGCCCAAUGGAGGGCACGAGUAAGUGUGAUAUAGCGAUAUGCGUGGCGGCUGGCGUGGGAAUAACACCCUUUGUCGCCAUGUUGAAAGAUAUGUGCAGGAAUCCAAGAAGUCGAUAUCCCGGAAGGGUACAUUUAAUUUGGAUAGUCCGAAAUGAACGGGAAGUUUAUUGGCUGGCAGAAUUAGCCAAUAAAUGUAUAAGUGAGCUCAGAUACGCGAAUCGACCGGAUAGACUCCAUCUCGAAUUAUACGUUACUAAUUCUAAUGAAAACAAAAACACACAAACAACACACACAAUAAUUGUUAAUGAUAAAGGCAAUCUUACUCACGUGUUGCAAAGAGACAAAAUCAGUGAUAAUGAGAAAACAAUACUUUUAACACCCAAAGUUAAAAGAAAUAGCUUUAUUGAUAUAGACGUUAAGAUUUACAAAGAUACAUUCAGGUGCGAUGUUAUAAAAGACUAUCCGUUAGUUGGGUGUAGAAUACGACGGGGAAGGCCGCAUUGGGAUCGAGUUUUUGGGUAUUGGGUUCAUUUGUAUCCAGGACAUCACAUAAAUCUGUAUUGCUGUGGACCAAAGAAAUUAGUGAAACUAUUAAGGAAUAAAUGUAAAUACACUUCCAUGAACACAAAGACAAAGUUGUCCUUUAUCCACGAAGCUUUCUCUUGAUUGUAUUCUGUAUAUUGACUGAUUAAUAAAUAUUGUGUAUUUUA